AUGGAAACCCGACGGGCUUGGAUUUUGGUUUUGCUCGCUUUCUUUGCGCUUACUCUUAUUUCGAGCGUCUCCGCAGCCUCUCCCACCUCCUUCUGCAAAUGUACCUGCAACGGUAACAGCACCAUUGUGGCUCUCGACAGCCCUGCCACCAAAAAACCCGUGGAUCCAGGACUACUCAAAGAGCGGGCUUCGAGGAGGACGUGCAGCGACUGCAAUCGCCAGUUCUGUCUGGGAUACCCGUUCUGCCAGGGCGCUCCUGAGGAGGAGGUCUUCACAACUUGCUUCCAGCGGGACUCGACUAAAGAUCAAGCGGUCGUUUUCAUAUUCAUACUUGCGACAGUAGGGCUGUUAACGUAUGCGGCCGUUCGGCCGUGGAUAGAUCAGUGGGCAGAGAAAGCAAGAGAGCGACGGAAUUAUAUUCCAGUUGGCAAUACGGAUAAUUAG